CAAGUCAACUUCCGUUUCACAGACGCAACGACGAGCGCAUUUUGACUGAGUGAAAUACUCAUUUUAAAUUCUAUUCCGUUGAUACGAUCGACCAGGCAGUCAUGUCUAGUCGUGAAGCCCUCAACAUGAAGCUCCCUCCGAUCCAGUCCACGGCCGGAGCCGUGCCGGUCCGGAACGAGAAAGGUGAGCUCUCCAUGGAGAAAGUGAAGGUAAAGAGGUAUGUGUCGGGGAAACGUCCAGACUACGCACCAAUGGAGUCGUCGGAUGAGGAAGAGGAGGACUUCCAGUUUGUAAAGAAGGGAAAGGAAAUGGAGGCGGAGGUAGAGAUGGAGGAAGAGGAGGUCUCUGACCCACGUCUCAAACGUUUGCUCAACCGUGUCUCUGAAGACGUGGAGGAGAGGCUUGCAAGACACAGACAGAUUGCAGAGCCUGAAGUUGUGGCUGAGAGCAGCGAGGACUCUGAUGAAGGCACGUGGCACCCAGAGCGUGAAGAGAGUAGUGAGGAAGAAGAGGAGGAAGAGGAAGAAGUGGAUGAUGAGGAAAUUGAGAGGAGACGAGCGAUGAUGAGGCAGCGAGCCACCGAAAGAAAGAAUGAGGAGAUGGAGGUGAUGGAGGUGGAGGAGGAAGGGAAGUCAGGGGAGGAGUCGGAGUCGGAGUCUGAAUAUGAAGAAUACACAGACAGCGAGGAUGAAGCAGAGCCCCGGCUCAAACCUGUCUUCAUUCGCAAAAAGGACAGAGUCACUGUGGCGGAGCGUGAAGCAGAGGAGCAGAGGCAGAGAGAGCUGGAGGCCGAGGCCAAGAGGCAGGCAGAGGAGCGACGGCGCUACACCCUCAAGAUAGUGGAGGAGGAGGCUAAAAAGGAGUUUGAGGAGAACCGGCGCACAUUGGCAGCUCUUGAAGCUUUGGACACCGAUGGAGAGAACGAGGAGGAGGAAUACGAAGCCUGGAAAGUCAGAGAGCUGAAACGCAUCAAGAGGGACAGAGAGGCCAGAGAAGUCAUGGAGAAGGAAAAGGCUGAAAUCGAGAGAUUCCACAACCUGACAGAAGAGGAGCGUCGGGCUGAGCUCAGAAACAGCGGCAAACAAGUCACCAACAAAGCCAGCAAAGGCAAAUACAAGUUCCUCCAGAAGUACUACCACCGAGGAGCCUUCUUCAUGGAUGAGGAGGAGGACGUGUACAAGAGAGAUUUCAGCGCACCAACUCUGGAGGAUCACUUCAACAAAACCAUCUUACCCAAAGUCAUGCAGGUCAAAAACUUUGGCCGGUCUGGGCGCACCAAGUAUACCCACCUGGUGGACCAGGACACCACGUCGUUCGACUCGGCCUGGGCCCAGGAGAGCGCUCAGAACAGCAAGUUCUUCAAGCAGAAGGCGGCGGGCGUGAGGGACGUGUUUGACCGGCCCACAGUGAAGAAGAGGAAGACUUAAGAUGUGUAGAACGGACUUCACUGGGCCACACUGCAGCUUCAGAGACUGCUCAGAGAGCCAGCUGCAUGCUGCUCAGUCUUUCCUGGACCUGAUCUUGUGUAGGGAGAGCAGCAAAUACAGACUGAUUCCAAGGUGCGCCAUCAUUAAAAGAAAAAACAACCCUUCAUUUAAUGUUGGCUCCUUAAACCCCAGCUGCAGCUGGGUUUUAUUUUGUCAAUAUGCAGGAUGUCACUCUAACGUGGGAUCUUGGCUGUAAAAAUGGAAUAUAGCGUACACUUCUUACAGUAUGAGGAAUGCUGUGUUUUUGGGGAGAUGCAGGGAAAAUAUUAGUAAGGUCACCUUUUCUUUUUAAAGCAUUGGGUUAGAAUUUUGUACAAAUCAGCUUGCAACGUUUAGUAUGUUGAUUUCCCGCAUCCCCUUUUGUGAAAGUACAGCUAUUGUAACAUGGUUUGUUUGUGUUGAAUAAAACUUGUAUUUCCAA